CCUUAAAUAAUGGCACCUACAAACCCUAGUAGUGCCUUUUGUCAUUUACGCAAGUAUUAUUAUAGUUUGGUGGUCAUCACUAUUUUUUCCAUUCAUCUCGUAUGUUUUUUUUAUACCGCAGCGGCAGAUAUCAACAAUUAUAAUGGUGGAUUUAGUGCUCAUCUUAUCCGAAGAAACUCUCUAAAUUCACUCUUGUACAAUCACAAAAGGAACAAAAGUUUCCGACGUUUGAUGGGUCCAGAAACGCCGCAAUCAACACUAGCAACCGAUCCAGAUGGUAGCGAACAUCUUAUGAAAUUGUCAAUAGGAACUCCGCCUUUCGAUAUCUAUGUAAUUGCUGAUACAGGCAGCACUCUACUAUGGACUCAAUGCCAGCCAUGUAAAAGUUGCUUCAAGACGAAACAUGCCAUAUUUGACCCGAAAGAAUCCUCAACUUAUAGGAACAUUACUUGUUCUCAAAGCGAGUGUAGACUUGUUGACGAGUUCUCACCUCGAAACUAUUGCAAAAGAAAUCCUCAAGCUGCUUGCAUGUAUGAUUCAACGUAUGCAGAUGAGUCAUACUCUAAAGGUACAGUGGCUAAAGAAGUAAUUACCUUGAAGUCCACGUCAGGUAAGGUUGUAAUCCUAAAAGAUAUUGUCAUUGGGUGUGGGCAAAACAACAGUGGUAUAGAGGCAAGUGAGAAUGAAAUGGGAAUAAUAGGGCUUGGACGCGGGCCCUUGUCAUUUGCUUCUCAAAUCAGUCCCUAUGUUGGAGGCAAAAAAUUCUCGUAUUGCUUUGUGCCUGUUAGUACUGAUCCCAAAAUCGAAAGUACUAUUAAUUUCGGGAAUGGGAGUGAAGUUUCGGGUGAAGGGGUGGUGUCAACACCUUUGAUCGAUGUAGAAUCGGACAUGGAUAGUUAUCUUGUGACGAUGAAAGGAAUUACAAUUGGAAAUGAUUUUGUUCCUUUUAACUCAACAGGAACAUUGCUUGAGAAAGGUAACACGUUGAUCGACUCAGGCACAGCUUUAUCAUAUUUACCUCAAGAUUUUUAUGAACGGGUGGUGAAUCAGCUGGUACACAAACUUGAUCCGAAUUUGGAGGUAAUCAAUUAUAUUGACGAAGAUAAUUCAAGUAGCAUAUGCUUCAACACGACAACGCUUCCAAAAGCACCAAAUAUGGCUGUGCAUUUUGACGAUGGUGGAAAAUUACAAUUAACGGCGGAACAUAUAUUUAGAGACGAAGAGAAAAAAUUAGUCUGCCUUGGACUAAUGAACUCUAGUAAGCAGGGCUUCUCUAGUGACGAUAUUGGUGUUCUCGGAAACAAUGUUCAAGAAAAUUUCUUGAUUGGUUUUGACUUGGAUAAAAAAUGGGUCUCCUUCAAGCCUACUAAUUGCAUAAAGAUGGCUGCUGCUAGUGGUGCUAAUAUUGCUACUCAUCUCUUUUCCAUUUUCUCUACUUGCCUUUUGUAUUUGUUUUUGAUUGUGAAAUCAUCUUAGUUGUUGGUGUCA